AUGUCCGAAAAUACUGAGCUGAGCGAUGCGGACAAGAUCCGUUUGAAGCGACUGGCAAGGCUUGGAACAUCAACGCCGACUCAGCAAGAUGGGCAAACGAGUGGUCAAGCAUCCCCUUCACCUGCUGCUACCCCACCUACCACGCAUACGCCCGCGUCUGCUGGGUCACGACUACUAUCCACACCUCAACCAACUCCUUCAGCAUCCUCUUCUCCUGCGGCUUCUUCGAGCAAGCCAAUACAGAUUGCGUCCUCUUCCAAGCCUGCAGCAGAAAGAAACAGCACCAAAACACCGACUCUCGCUCUUGGCAAGCGCCCCACUUCAUCAACACCCACCAGCGAGUCUGUAGGGCCCAGAGUGGUACCUUCAAAAGCAUCGAGUCACCUUGCCAGGAUAGAUUACAAACAGUGGGAAACCAAGAAAGUUGGAGAGGUGUUUUCCGUCACAUUGAGCAAACAGAAAGCUAUUGAGAGUGACUGGAGAUUAUGCUGGCUGAAAGGGUUGGAAGAGGAGUUGAUCGAAGAAAGUGAAACUAUCUUUGAGUAUUUGACAGGAUGCUGGAAACGACUGUACGGAGCCAAUCGGGAGUCUAACAAAAACACGACCUGGACAGCGGCUUUUGAGAAGCUCAAGGCUUUGGUAAUUUCGUAUUGCGGUAUGACAUUGGAGGAUCCAACUAUGUUCCCUCAGCCGAAAGACAAACCUGUCGGACCUGCCGAAUUUCUACCGCUUCUUCUUGCCAUUGACGUACCAUCGAGUACAAAUGGCGAUCAGUACACAUCAUCGGCUCAGUCAUCUGCUCCACCUAAGCCUGGCGCUCUAUCCGGUGCAGACUUGCUCCCAUUCCUCAACGACCUGGCCAUUGGCUUCCCUAGCGAUACUAUGGCCGAUGUGAUCACCCCUACCCUAAGUUUGUUUUUCCAAGAAUGGUAUAAGAUCACUCCAACACCGGAUAUCAUGGGUGCGGAUUGGAGAAGGUACCUAGGCGCUGUAGCGUUGCUGGUCCAAGUCAAAUCCAUUGCUGCUUUGUCUCUUUUGGGCCCACUUACCAGAUUAAAUGUGUUUCCACGAGAAUUCCCUGAGAUCUGGAAGACCUACUUCUCGAAUCCUACCGAGCGAAAGAAAGAAGAUAUUGAGGCCAAUAAGAGCAAUCUACGAUAUACCCUAGGCGGUCUGCAUGGAUCACUUUUCAACAUAUACAAUGCGAUCGUUCGUGCUUCCCCGGAGUCAAGGGAGGGAAUACUCGACUUCUUCGCUUUGACUAUCAAAUUGAACGAGAAGCGAGCAGGAAUGAGGAUUGAUAAGGUCGAUCCUGCUUAUUACAAAACGUCGAAAAGGGUGGAUAUAACAGAGGAAACCAAGAUAAGAGGAACUAAAGAGGAAGCAGAUGAAUAUUUUGGUGGUUCAAUGGAGGGUGAGUUGGUCGCUCAUACAGUUCAGGCUGACCAAUCAGUCGAUACAAAACCAAACUUCAUCUCCGACUUAUUCUUCCUCACGAAUGCUUUCGUACAUCUGGGCAUUGUCAAGACUAUUGGAACGCGAAGCAGGGCUGAGAAGAACAUGUCAGAGAUUGAGAAGGAGUUGAAGCGGGCUGAAGCUCAGAGGUCGUCUUGGGCUGGAAACCCGGCAAUGGAGACACAGGGGGAGGCCGCACUCAAGAAGCUGAAAGUGAGUACAUGGGUCAACGACGUAGCUGACAGUUAG